CGCCGAGGCUGAGCAAAUAUCAACAUCGGCUCUGUGUUUUCUUACGAACUUAAAUAUAAAAAAGCGUGAAGUUACAGUGAAACUAAUAUCAAAAAGAACUUGAGUGUGCAUUAUUUAAGGACAAAAUUAAAAUAGCAACAAUAGUGUACGAAGCAGUGCAAAAAAAAAAAAACCAAUUGUGCUCGUAAAGUUUAUGUACAUACCCAGUGACUUUUAAAGACAGUAUAAAAUAAAGAAGUUUAUACAACUUUAUACAUCGCAAAACUGCUAGUGGCUAUGAAAUAAUUAAUUAUUGACUAGAAUAACUAUGUACAGUGAUUUAGUGAAAAUUCUUCAAAAAAAAAAAAAAAAUUACAUAAAAAACAAAUAUAAUAAAAAUUCCGAAGUCAUCAUACACUAACGCCAUCUACUAGACGACGACGAGGAGCGGUUUAUGUCAAACUCAACUAAAUCGACCCACGAAAAAAGUUCCGUCAAUUGGCAAAAGAGGUCACUAUUAAAAGAUUAUUAAUGAAUUUUGUCUUGCUACCAAGUUCCCAAGAUCAUCAAUAGGGGUUACCUGCAUGGUAAACAAAGUAACAAUACUUUAAAUUGACAAUGGAGCAGGUAAUGACCGCACUUCUUUCUAUUCAAAAAGAACUCGACGAACAGAAAAAACUUAUACACAAAAAAGGGGAAGAAGUGACAGAGAAGGUAACAUUAAAUAUAAAUAAGAUACUAGAAGAGAAAUUAAAAAAUUUGGAAGAAAAACAUGAAAACCUUAAGUCGAGGGUGGAAAAUCAAGAGCAAAGAUUAUAUACUACAUGGAGAGACAAUCAAGACAACGUAAUCUAGUCUUCUUUGGAUUGGAGGAACACGAAAAAUCCUACUCAAAUUUAGAAAACACUAUAGUAGACUUUGUACAUAAAUACUUCCCAAUACAAAUAGACCAUAAAGACUUACAAGCGAUCAGAAGAAUAGGGAAGAGGACUAAAAAGCCACGACCGAUAGUUAUUACUUUCACAACACUUGGCAAGAAGAUAGAUAUCUUAAAGGGCAAAGGAGCUUUAAAAGAAACACCGUAUUAUAUCAAAGAAGACUACCCUCAAUCAGUCUUGCAAAAAAGAAAAGAGCUACAGGAGCAAGUUAUAGCAGAAAGAGAGAAGGGUAAUAAAGCCAUUAUUAAAUACGACAAGCUUGUUCUACUAAAUAACUCAUCCAAAGACCCGAAAAACAAUAAAAGAAGUCUAUCAGAAUCUCCAGAGAAUAACACAAUCAACCAUGCCGGGCAGAUAUCUCAAGCAAACAAAAAGAACAAAACCUUGGCUGCCCACAUAAUCCAAAGGUCUUCAAGCUUUUCCGAAGGCGGAGUAAAACCGAGCAUACUAAACUAUCUAACAAACAAAAAUAACAAUAACAAGAAAACAAACACACAAGCCAACACCACAAAUAUAUAGCAACGAACCGACCAGCCUCAGCCAGAAAACAACAAACAAACUGAAAAAUGUACAUUAAUACAAAACACACAUCUUCCAAGCCGGCUGGUCCCCGUGGAAGAGUACGACCACAACCCUCCAAGAAAACCACAAAAUCAAAAAACCACUAAACUGAACAAAGACUAUAAGAAUUGUAUAAAAAUUGGAACUUAUGAUGUCAGGUCUCUGUCAUCAAUACACCGAUACUUAGAACUUAAUAAUGCAUUGAAAGAUAUAAAAUGCGACAUACUAGGACUCUCAGAAACAAGAAAAAUGGGCUGCCACAUAGAAGAGUAUUCAGACUAUGUUUUCUGCUAUAUAGGAGAAACAAAGGGAUUGUAUGGAGUCGGAUUUUUAAUAAAAAAGGCAUGGAAAAACAAUAUAACUAACUUCACUGGCAUUUCGGAGAGAGUAGCGCUACUUCAAAUGAAUUUUGGCGGACUAGACAUUUCUAUAAUUCAGGCAUACGCACCCACGGAAAAAUCAGACGAUACAGAAAUACAAAAAUUCUACAAUGAUCUGAAAAAAGCUCAUACACUAUCAAAUGAGAAAAUCAUAAUAUUAGGAGACUUCAAUGCAAAAAUAGGGCAACCCAAAAAAGAAGAAAAACUCGUCAUGGGACAGUACGGGCUAGGCCAAAGAAACGAAAGAGGCGAAAGACUGCUAGAAUAUGCAUUGGAAUAUAGACUAGCAAUAAUCAACACUUAUUUCAAAAAAAGACCCAGCAGAAGAUGGACUUGGAAGUCACCAGACGAAAAAGUUAAAAACGAAUUUUUUUUUUUUUUUUUUUUUUUAUUGCUUAGAUGUGUGGACGAGCUCACAGCCCACCUGGUGUUAAGUGGUUACUGGAGCCCAUAGACAUCUACAACGUAAAUGCGCCACCCACCUUGAGAUAUAAGUUGUAAGGUCUCAGUAUAGUUACAACGGCUGCCCCACCAUUCAAACCGAAACGCAUUACUGCUUCACGGCAGAAAUAGACAGGGCGGUGGUACCUACCCGCGCGGACUCACAACAGGUCCUACCACCAGUAAUUACGCAAAUUAUAAUUUUGCGGGUUUCACUUUUAUUACACGAUGUUAUUCCUUCACCGUGGAAGUCAAUCGUGAACAUUUGUUGAGUACGUAUUUCAUUAGAAAAAUUGGUACCCGCCUGCGGGAUUCGAGCACUGGUGCAUCGCGCUCAACGCGAAUGCACCGGACGUCUUAUCCGUUAGACCACGACGACUUCGAACUAUCGAAUCGACUACAUCAUGACAAAUGUCCCAAAAAUAGUCCAAAAUUAUGAAGUUCUCAACAACGUAAAGUUCCAAACAGACCAUAGACUACUUAGAGCAACAGUUCUAUUGAGUCAAGCGAAAAAAAAAUAGAAAAGGCUUUAAACCACCACCAAAAAUCCCAAAAAAUGAAGAAGAAACAAGAUACUACAUAGACAGCCUCAAAUCGAACAUCGAAACCAAACUAGCAGAUACCAGAAACGUUCAAUCUUACUAUGAUGCGCUAGAAAUAGCUAUAACAAAAAGUUUACCUAGCAAAAACAAUACAAAAAAAGAAAAACGACACAAAAUAUUUAGCGAAGAAACACUAGCCUUAAUUAACAAACGCAGUGAAUUAACUCUAAGAAAGAAUAAAGAUGCUGAUACAAAGAAAGAACUAAGCAAAUUAUAUAAGGAAACUAGCAAAGCGAUUAAAAGAGACUAUAGUAAGCACAGGCAAAGGAUAAUAACAGAAAAUUUAAAUAAAUUCCGAAGCACAAAGAGAGCUUUUAAAGAAUUAAACUUAAGAAAAACUUGGAUACAAAAACUAGAAGGCCAACAUAAAGAAAUUACAACAAGACAAGAAAUCGUACAGAAGGCAACUUCUUUCUACCAAGAAUUAUACAAAAACAAAAAUAAAACCAUCAAGGAAGCUAACGAUUCACACAACUGUUAUAACACGGAAACAAUUAGACCGAUAGAAGAAAAAGAUACAUACGCGCAGCUGAAGCAUCUGAAAUCAGAUAAAAGUCCUGGUCCCGACGCAAUAACCAAUGAAGCUCUGAAAAUAGGCGCACCAGUUUUACUUAAGCCUCUCACAGAAUUAUUCAAUCUCAUACUAGAAGCUGAAAUCGUACCAAUCCAAUGGUGCACGUCGGACAUCAUAUUACUAUAUAAAAAAGGAAACCCCCUCGAUAUCAACAACUAUAGACCAAUUAGCUUACUGGCAAAUAUAUACAAAAUCUUCUCAUCUAUAAUUCUUAAACGCAUAACACAAGAGAUUGAAAAGGCACAACCAAUAGAACAAGCUGGCUUUCGUUCUGGGUUUAGCACACUAGACCAUAUACAGGCACUAGAACAAGUUAUAGAAAAAUACGAAGAGUUUAAUAAGCCACUCUAUCUAGGUUUUAUCGACUACAGCAAAGCCUUUGACAGCAUAAGCCACAACUCUAUAUGGAAAUCACUAAAGAAAUUAAACAUAAAUUCGAAAUAUAUAAAUAUUAUAAAAUAUAUAUACAACAACAGCAUAAGUUAUGUGAAGCUAGAAUCUAGAGGUGAUGCAAUUAAUAUUGAAAGAGGAGUCAGACAGGGGGACCCCCUGUCACCUAAGCUGUUUAUCGCGGUUCUAGAAGAUGUAUUUCGAAACACAGACUGGAAAAAUAGAGGUAUAAAAAUAAACAACAGGUAUCUAAGCCAUCUCAGAUUUGCGGACGACAUAGUUAUGCUGUCUGACACAGCAAAUGAAUUACAAGAUAUGCUCCGCUCUCUUGUUCAAGCGAGCUCACAAGUAGGAUUAGAGAUGAAUGCUACAAAAACCAAAAUCAUGACAAACAGCAUAGAACGACCCAUCAAUGUAAAAGGAAAAACUAUAGAAUAUGUCUACAGUUACAUCUACCUAGGCAAACAAAUAUCAUUUUUAAAAACGCACAAUGAAGACGAAAUUGAAAGAAGAACAAUCAUAACCUGGAAGAAAUUUUGGUCACUCAGAGAAAUUUUAAAAGGAGACUACUCAAUAAACCUUAAGAAAACUGUAUUAGACACCUGUAUACUGCCUUGUCUACUGUAUGGCUGCCAAACUUGGGUAUACACGACAAGAGCAAAACAAAGAAUUACAACAACACAAAGAGCUAUGGAGAGAAGUAUCCUAAACAUAAGAAAAAUUCAAAAAGUCAGGAGCAAAGUAAUAAGACAGAAAACAAAGAUAACAGAUGCCCUCACACAAGCUCUAAAAUUGAAAUGGCAGUGGGCAGGUCACGUAUUGAGAUACACAGACACCAGGUGGACAGUCAACACUACAAUCUGGAAAGGGCCAAUUGGCAAAAGAAGGGUAGGGAGACCGAAAAGACGAUGGGCUGACGACAUAACCGAAAUAAUAGGAAAGGACUGGCAAACGAUCGGCAAGGACAGAGAUCAGUGGAAAGGACUGGAGGAGGCCUUCACCCGAGAUGAGGGGUCCAUAUCCAAUAACAAAAAUUAACUCGUACUAACAUUUAGACAAUAAGCAUUAAUAACUAACUAAACACUAACAAAUAAAUACCACAUUUCAAAUGAAAGAAGUGCAGGAUAAGGAAAUACAGGCUUUUUUAUUUUAUUUUAUUUAUUAAAUGUCGAUAAUGUGUCCGUUUCUGCCGCAAAGUAGUCAUAUGCGACUGGACUGCGAUAGGAUGGCAAUAGGACUGCGACCUCUUUUACCGAUGAAGAACAAUAAAAAUUCAUAAUUAGUUAUUAUAUUUAUACAGCCAUUAUCUAUUUGUUACAUAAAUCCAAUAUAUAAAUACAAUAUUGUAUAUACAUUUGAAGUUAUGAAAAAUAUCAUGUGUUGUACAAAUUAAUUGCAGCUCAAAUAUUUUUUUUUGGAAAUUCCUUGGAAACGUUGUUCGUAGGUGGAAUCGAAUAAAAUUCCUUUAACUGAACGAUUAAACAAACAAAAACAAGAUAAGAAUUUAUUUUGCUAUAAAAACAUAUUAUUUUAACAGUUUCACAAUUCCGUAAACUGUUAUCAAUUUUUCGUAAAACUAAACUAACUUGAGAAGAAUGUGGAAUGACGUCACGAAAACUAAACAUUUCCCCGGUGUUACUUAUUUGAUUUCAAUCACAUAUACAAUUUAACAAUAUAUUUAAUAUAAAGCGAUGUGUGGUUUGCUAGUUUAAUUUUAUAAGUAUUUAAAUGCGUUCCAACAUAUCACUAAUUCAUAUCUUUAAUAAGCAAUACAGAUAAAAAAGAUAUAAUUUAAAACUUAAAAAAUUAUUUAAAAUGUUAAUCUGUAUGUUACGUAUAAAAAUCGAUAAAAACUCGAUCGAUUGAGCUCAACAGAAAGAAUUCUGUUCAACAUUUCACCAAUCUGGAAAGCUCCGAAAAUAAUUUGAGACAUUUUUUUAAAAGGCAGGGGCUUGGCUUUGCCCCUGGCAUUGCUGAAGUCCAUGGACGACGGUAACCACUCACCAUCAGGUGGGCUGUAUGCUUGUCUGCCUACAAGGGCAAUAAAAAAAAAGACGCCAUGCUUAACACUCAAAACUUGAGUAACGCUUUUGUAGCACUUUUUUUAUUAGUAUUUUUAUCAUAAUAUAAAAAUUCUAACAUCCAAUAAUCUAUUUAAUUUCUAUUUCUUACUGUCAAUAGCCUUAUUUUUUUUACCAUCUAAACAAUGUUUAAAUUUAUCGACGAGUAUGUUUUUAUGAUUACCGAGUGCGAUCAAUAAACAGACGUGAAUUGCUUCGCUGAUUUCAUGUUAUCAAUUCACAGCUAGUAAAGCGUACGUAGUGUGACUCGUGUACAUGAAAAGAUGUAUCACAAUCACUCGAAGUAUUCGGUAAAGCACACAGAUCGGACAUGCACCGUUUUUUAGUUCGCGAUAAAAUUAAAAAAUAAUAAUAUAGUAUUUAUUUCGGUAUUCGAUUCAGGAAAAAAAUUAUCCGAUUAAAUUAUUGUAGUCGGGAUAUUCUUAACAAUAGCCACAAUGCGUGCUUAUCCCCGUUUGAUUUUGACCGCGGUCACUGUUAUGAUCUGUAUGAGCUUGCCUGUCCAAACAUUCAACGCGGGACAGGGAACAUCGGUGCAUCCAGCUAGUCGCCUGGCCCGCGAGGCCCGAUCACUUCAAUCUAACCAAAUCGAAGCUGGUAACAGCAGCAGCUACAGCGGAGCGUUAGAUUCCCAGUCAUCAGUCGAAAAACAGCGGCACAUUAUCGAGAUGAUGCGACACGCUUGGAACAAUUACAAACUGUACGCUUGGGGUAAAAAUGAACUGAACCCGAUAUCUAAACGCGCACAUUUGUCGAGCGUGUUUGGCUCCGGGGAGAUGGGAGCCACCAUUGUUGACGGCCUGGACACCUUGUACGUGAUGGGCCUGACCGACGAGUUCCGUGAGGGACGUGACUGGAUCGCGGAACAUUUCAACAUCAACGAAAUCGAUUCCGAACUAUCAGUGUUCGAAACGACGAUACGUUUUUUGGGAGGUCUGCUGUCUUGCUACGCUCUGACCGGUGACACCAUCUUCAGAGACAAAGCCGCCGAGGUCGCCGACGCCCUGCUGCCUGCCUUCGAAACUCCCACUGGACUUCCAUACGCUUUAAUCAAUCCAUCCACUAAUGCCAGCCGCCAGUAUCACUGGGCAGACUCGAACAGUAUUCUCUCUGAAUUGGGUACAUUACACCUCGAGUUCUCAUACCUGAGUGACGUCACAGGACGUGAAGUCUACAAGAACAAAGUGGAUAAAAUACGUGAAGUACUCUACACCAUUGAGAAGCCCGGUGAUCUUUAUCCGAACUACAUCAAUCCUCGAACCGGACAGUGGGGACAAAGACACAUAUCCCUGGGAGCUCUGGGUGACUCGUUCUACGAGUACCUGCUGAAGGCCUGGCUCGCGUCGAACCGCGGCGACGAGCAGGCGCGCACCAUGUUCGACACGGCGAUGCAGGCCGCGCUCGACAAGAUGCUGCGCGUGUCGCCCUCCGGCCUCGCCUACCUCGCCGAACUCAAGUACGGCUGGGUCAUCGAAGAGAAGAUGGAACACUUGUCUUGCUUCGCUGGUGGCAUGUUCGCAUUAGCCGCUACGACAUUGGAGAAUUCGUUUUCUGAACGGUACAUGGACGUCGCAAGGAAACUGACCCACACCUGCCACGAGUCCUACUUCAGAUCCGAAACUAAACUGGGACCAGAGGCAUUCAGAUUUUCGAACGCAGUCGAAGCCCGAGCUCAGAAGAGCGACGAGAAAGUUUACUUGCUGAGGCCGGAGACGUUUGAGAGCUACUUCAUCAUGUGGCGACUCACCAAGGAGCAGAAGUACCGCGACUGGGGCUGGGAGGCGGUUCAAGCGCUAGAGAAGCAUUGUCGCGUCGAAGGCGGCUACACCGGACUCACGAACGUCUACCACCAGAACCCUCAGGGCGACGACGUGCAGCAGAGCUACUUCCUCGCUGAAACACUUAAGUACCUCUACCUUCUGUUCUCGGACGACUCUCUCCUUUCGCUCGACGAGUGGGUGUUCAACACUGAAGCUCAUCCGCUUCCAAUUAAAGGCAAGAAUCCCCUGUACCGCAUGGCGAGCACGCCCGUGCCAAUAGAAGACAACCGAGUCUAAGAAGAUGAAAUCGACAGCUCUGUGUGCUUAGUGCCAGUUUUUUAACGUUCUCGCUAGCAUAAAAGUUAAGUCAAAAUUGUAUGGAGUUGGAACGUUUGCCUAUGUUUGCCGCUAGGGGCAUUGUUCCAGCUGCAUACAAAUUUGACUUAACUUUUACGCUAGCGAGAAUGUUAAAAAACUCUCACUAAGGACACAGAUCAUCUGAGGAGAAGAAGUCCCAAAGUUAAUUACGAAACUAUUCAAAAUGGCUGUUCUAACUAACAACCUGCCAACAAAUAACGAACGGAAUGGGUAUAGUCACGGAUGUGUGAUUCUUGUAGGCAUUUGUACAAAUUGAAUUUGGUAGCAUAAUAUAGAUUAUUUUGUAAUUGGAAUGUGAAAGUUUUAGUCGUAAUGGGUAUGUGUAUAAUGAAAAUUUCUUGAAACAAAAAGUAGCAAAAUAAAUGGCCGUGUAAAAUUUGUAAUUAAAUAUUUAGUUACGCGUUUUUAAAUUGAUAUUUCAAAUGAUCAAUGGAAGUUUAAUGGUAAUUUGUUUGUUCCAUUAUGUUGAUAAAUUUUAUAAAUAAAUUAAGUAAAUAAAUAAAAACAAACUUAAGGUUUUUGAAUAAAAUAUAAUUUUAAUCCACUUAAUAUCAAUAACUGUAUAUUAGUAUCUGUCCGUGUGUGAAACGAAUCUUCCCGUAGAUUCGUGUCAUUAAUAAAAUGAAUCGGUUAAGAAAUUAAUGAGCGUCAUAUAUAAUAAUGGAAACGGGAGAAACUUGUUUAUAAAAUGACAAGAAAAAAUAACUAAAAUAUGUCUAAAGUAUGUAUAUGUCUUUCUUUCAACACUGUUUUCCAAUGUUAACAAUCAGCUGACUCUGAGCCUAGCGAGGUCGUCGGAGGAAGUCUACGUUUUGCUUAGGAAAUUGACUGUUUUUCUUUGACAUUAAUUUAAAAAUUUGUUGUCGCUUCGGCGUUGUUAGCUUGCACUUGCAUAUUUACAGUUUAACACAUUUGCUGCCGACGAAAUGAUAUAAAAUUAUUAGCCAGAAACCAAUUAUUUUUAUAGCGUAUAUUGAUUAAGUAUAUAUGUAUGUUUAAAAAUAUGGAUGAAAGUAUGUUGAUAAUAUUAUUAUUUUAAUAAAAAAACACCUUUUUCGGAUCCGAGUGGUCGGCACAUAGCACGCCAAAUGCCGGACACUCGGAUCCGAAAAAGGUGUUUUCUCGGAUCCGAGUACAAUCAAAAGUAUCAAAAACACCAUAAUUAUAAGUUUAAGUUUAAAAUAUAACACGCACUUGAAUGUUAAUUUAUUUAAGAAGGCAUAAAUGUCUUAAAUCUAAGCGAAGUAAUGAUAUAAUCAUAAUUAUCAAUACAAUCAAACGUAUAAAAAUCAUAAUUAUAAGUUUAAUUAAAACACUGAAGGUAAUUUCUUCACAGAAAAGUUAAAACAAAAUUUUUCGUCGUCUUUGCGGCAGAUGACCUUGAAGACUGAGCUGGUGGUCCACGGCUGAGCGUUUUCAGUUUCAGUCUUGUAUCAAAGAUACUGUCAUCACUGCCGCAACUAGAUUCCUCUGAACUUGAAGACAACUACUCCUCCUGAGCUCGUUGCGAACACACUUCUUCAUCACUAAAUCCUUCAGAACCUUCCGAGUCAUCACUCAACCAACGUUUUUUUCUACUACUAGGUGUUGAUGUUUUCGAUCUAUUUUUACUUCUAGAUGGCCCAGCCCUACUAUCCAUUUUGAUCGAACAAUACCUUUGAUAUGAUCGUGUGUACCAGUCACUAUUAAACUGUAAAUAUAAAACCAAUACGCGUUUUCGUAAGUCGAAUGUAUUGGCAGAGUGGCCACGCAAACCAACGUACACUCGCCACAAUCGCCGGCGGCUUCUGACAAUUACAAAAUUCACUUGCUGCUCACUCGUAUCCGAGUGGGCGGCACCGCUAAUAGGGCCCCUCCUCACUCGAAUACAAGUGGUAAGCACUCAAUGUGUUAAUAACGAUAAAAUUCGAAAAUAUGGAAUUGUUUAUCGGUAAUUAUGAAUACUUAGACAAAUUUGUAAAUACGGUCACUUCUCGGUUUUGCUAAUUUUUUCUAUAAUAUUGGCUAUUUUUAUCGCUUAUUUAUUUAUUACUAUAAUAUGGGGGAAUGAGUUGUCUUCAAAAUCAAUAAGUUCAAACUGUUAUUGAUCGAAUUAAAGCAUCUUGGCUUUGCACAAUCAAAUGGGUACAUAUCGACGCUUGAAAGGCAAACGUGACUAAGCGACAAUGCGUGAACUUUACAGUAGACUAAUUUAAAGUUGAAAUACCUGAAAACAAAAUUUAUUUUAACGAAUCCAGCUGUAGUAGAAUUUAGCUUGUAGCUCUAGGAUUGAAAUGAUUUUCAUAGACCUAGAAAUACUAGAUAAUGACCGAGCUUUGCUCGGCUUUUUUUUAAUAUCGCCAUCUUGUUGUUUCUUUAAAGUAGAAAAAAUAGUAUUAUUAUUCGCCAAUAGAUGUCGGGAAGAGUCAUAACGUUGAUUAUAUUAUUGAAAACACGAAUAAAACAAUAUUUUCUGAAAAUAAAUCAUAGCUAGAUCGAUUUAUCGCCCCCGAAAUCCCCUGUAUACUAAAUUUUAUGAAAAUCGUUGGAGCCGUUUCCGAGAUUCAGAUUAUACAUAUAUAUAUACAAGAAUUGCUCGUUUAAACGUAUAAGAUAUUUUUUUUGCAAAUUGAAUGUGGUUAUUGCCUAUCAUUUAUGUACAAAGCAGUUAUUGUCGCUUAGUCACUUUUGCCUUUCAAGCGUCGAUAUGAUAUUGGUCCUUAGGCUCAUGAUUUUGAAGAACACAUAUUUUGAAAAGACUUUUAAAUAAAACAAACAUCGAUAUUAAGUUUGUUUUGUAAGUAAGGCUAGAAAACAUGCUCCAAUAUCAUAUCUUUAGAAAUAAACCUUAAAUUUUAUGGGUUUUUAGUUACGGAUGAUUUUUUGAGGAGAAAAGCUAAAUUAAGAAAAAUGUAUCUCAAUGGAAGGCAUUCCAAUGUUCAAGGUAGUGUUGAAUAACGUACUAGAUAUUUCUCUUAAUAUAAAUAAGAUAUUUUAUGAAAAAAAUAUAUUGCAAAAAUAAUUAUUUGACUAUUAAAACUACGGUUCGUUCCGAAAUUAUCCUUUUGGAUUUAUAAACGGUUAUAUUCAUUUCUUUUUUUUUAACAUACGAAAAAUAUAUUUUACAGCCAUUCCUGUUUGAUUAUUUGAUCAAAAAUUGAAGGGAGCCCUUUCAUUUUUGAAUUGAUACCUUUUCGAGAAAUACAAAACUCGGCUGGAUGGAAUUUCGUGUGACGUCACUCGGGACCAACAAGGUGCGCUCAGAUAAAAAAAAAACAAACGAAAUUUGUGAUGCGCUUUAGUUUAAUGUCAUGGCGCCGCAAUUCCAAGGAGUAUCCCUGCAACCUUCCGAGAGUAUCGGGAUACUUGGGGUCGACAUUUCGAGCGAUGUCCAAUUUCGGAGUCAUUUGGAAGGCAAAGCCAAGUUGGCGUCCAAAAUGCUGGGAGUCCUCAACAAAGCGACGCGGUACUUCACGCCUGGACAAAGACUUUUGCUUUACAAAGCCCAAGUCCGGUCACGCGUGGAGUACUGCUCCCAUCUCUGGGCCGGGGCUCCCAAAUACCAGCUUCUUCCAUUUGACUCCAAACAGAAGAGGGCCGUUCGGAUUGUCGAUAAUCCCAUUCUCACGGAUCGUUUGGAACCUCUGGGUCUGCGGAGGGACUUCGGUUCCCUCUGUAUUUUGUACCGUAUGUUCCAUGGGGAGUGCUCUGAGGAAUUGUUUCAGAUGAUCCCCUCAUCUCCUUUUUAUCAUCGCACUACCCGCCAUCGGAGCAGAGUUCCUCCAUAUUAUCUGGAACCGCUGCGUUCAUCGACAGUGCGUUUGCAGAGGUCUUUUUUGCCACGUACCAUCCGACUAUGGAAUGAGCUCCCCUUCGCGGUGUUUCCCGAGCGCUAUGACAUACCCUUCUUUAAAAGAGGCUUGUAGAGAGUGUGGCGACUCACUUAGUCGCCACUACUUGGGCAACCGCCUUACAAUUCAACAAAAUCGCUGUCGCCUAUGAAUUCAGGCAAUCAUCUAUUAUUGUUGUUCAACACUUCGGCAAUCUUGAAAACUGCGGGCAGUACUUAUCGAUAUUCGCUGUGCUACCCAUCGUUCGUGUCAGUGCUUUACUACUCCUAUAUGUUAUUUCUUUAUCGUACCACUCCUGUUAUAGUUUGUUUGUGUACAUACUUAUCUUCAAUAAACUAUUCAAAGCAGUACAUAUUUAUCUGUGUAAAACAUGCUUCGUGUCAGCGCCUACCUAAUACAGUUAGAAGCAGAACUACUACAACUACUUCUACAAGAGUAUUAUGCGGUAGGCAGCGGCUUGGCUUUGCCCCUGGCAUUGCUGAAGUCCAUGGGCGACGGUAACCACUCACCAUCAAGUGGGCCGUAUGCUCGUUUGCCUAUAAGGGCAAUAAAAAAAUAUUAUUUAAUUGCGUGAAAUUGAUUGAAUAUUACUAUUAAAAUUAAAGGGCGUUACGAAUGAAAAA